AUGAGUUGGUAUCAAAAUGGAUCAAAUUCUUCAAAGAUUCAGAUAGAAGAUACUCCUCGCAAAGAAACUGCUUUUAUCGAAGUUCCAAGCUCAUCUCCGAUCAAUGUUCAAUCAUCACCAAGUGAAAACAAUAAAGCGUUUUCAGUUCCUAGCAGAGCUCAAAUGAACCAACAAGCGGAGGAUAAGAAGAGAGAACUAGAAAGAAAAAGACAAGCAAUCAGAGAUCAUAAGGAUUUUAAUGUUGUCAGAAAGCGCUUCUUUUAUCUUGAUGAGAGCGAUAUCUUUAAAGGAUUUGUUAAAGGUAAGGGUAAUUUGAGAGACAUCACAAGAUGGCUUAGCGAAAAUUACAACAGAGAAGCGAUAUUGUACAAAAUGGAAGCUCAAAGAAAGAUGGAACUGGACAGGAUUGAAUUAGAGAGACAGAAGCAAGAAAGCCAGAGACUCGAAAGAGAGUUUCAACAAAAGCAAGAGCAGCUCUUGCAGAAUAGAAAUGAAAAUAAUCAUCAGCAAUAUGCUACAAACAAUAACCAUAAUGAAUAUUAUGAUGAGGAUGCUUCCCCGAUAAAGGUGAGGACCAAGGCUACUGCUAGAAAGGUUGUUUCUCCAGAUCCAUCACCAGAGAGAAAAUCAACCAAAGUUGAAAUUAACAAAUCAAAGCAAUCAAUCCUCGAUAAAUAUAAGUAUAAGCCAAAGAUGCAGCUGAGAUUGGAUCCGGUGCUUAGUGAGUCUGAAAUUCGAAAGAAGCGAAAACUUGUGCGUGCUUCGAACUUAGCUGAUAACAGCGGAAGUGCCUUUCCACAUGCAUCAGCUUUAGCAGAAAACUUCAGUUUUCAAGAUGGUCUAAAUAAAAUGUCAAUUAAUAAGAAGCCACAAAAGAAAGAGUCGUCAAUAGUUGAUGAUGAUGAUUUAGAAAGAUUAGAAGAGAAAAUAAGACAGAAUAGAAGAGCAGCAAAGGCAAACAAAGGCAAGACCGUUGUGAAUGUCAGCGACGAAGACCUUGAAGAGGAUGUUAUGAGUGACGAUCUUUCGGAGGAAGAAGAGGAAACCUUCGGAUCUGGCCUCACUUCAAUUGAUUCUCAAAUAAUAGAAUUCUUGAAUAAUGCUUCAUCUCAAGAUCUAAUUGAGAUCAGUAAUGUUCCACCCAAAUUUGUUGAUUCAAUAAUUAAAAAGAGGCCUUUUAGCACCAUUUAUGAGAUUUCUGAAAGCACUUUCGAAGAUGAGAAAAAUAAUGGCGACUCCAAUAAGAAGAAAAAAGGUGGUCAAAGGAAAACUCUAGGUAUGAAAAUUAUCGAGAAUACGGAAAAUAGCUUGAAAGGAUAUAAAGCCGUUGAAUCCUUGAUUAAUAAGUGUGCAGAUUACGGCUCUAUCAUUUCAAAGCAAAUGGAAAGCUGGGGCGUCAGUCCUACAGGCGAAGGAGAGCUAGAAGUCGUAGAGCUUGAUCCAACUGAAAUGGAAUGCGAGGAGAAAAAGCUGGCUGAAGAAGAAGAAGAAGACGACGACGUCGUAGUUGUUUCAAAACGAAAGGGACUUAGAUACAUAAGAAAUGCGCCAAAACUUCUAUCUGACGACGUUGAAUUGAAAAAUUAUCAAUUGGUCGGCGUCAACUGGCUAAAUUUAUUGUACCAAAAUAAAUUGUCAUGCAUCUUAGCCGAUGAGAUGGGUUUAGGAAAAACUUGUCAAAUUAUCGCUUUCAUGGCGUAUUUAAAAGAAGCUCAGCCGAAGAAUGGUCCCCACUUGGUAAUUGUUCCCGCUUCCACAAUUGAAAAUUGGUUAAGAGAGUUCAACAAAUUUUGCCCUGAUUUGAUUGUCCAAGCAUAUUACGGCUCUCAGCCUGAAAGAGAAGAGCUUCGUUACGAACUUGAAGAUCUGGAAUUUGACGUAUUGGUUACUACAUAUAAUUUGGCAACAGGCGCUUCUCAGGAUUUCAAAUUCUUGAGAAAUCAGAAUUUCAACAUGAUUGUAUAUGAUGAAGGUCAUAUGCUUAAAAACUCCACUUCUGAAAGAUACAACAAGCUUAUGAGGUUAAAAGCAAAAUUUAGGUUACUUUUAACGGGAACACCUUUACAGAACAAUUUGAAGGAGCUUGUCUCAUUGUUAGCAUUUAUGCUUCCUAAUUUAUUCAACGACAAACGUGAAGACUUGCAAGGACUCUUCAACCAAAAGGUGUCUACUGUUAAUGAAGAAGACGAAAAAUUUAAUCCGUUAUUAUCUUUGCAAGCUAUCACCAAGGCGAAGACAAUGAUGACGCCUUUCGUCUUGAGACGUAAAAAGUUACAGGUUUUGAAGCACUUGCCUCAAAAAUUCCACGAAAUUCACCGAUCCAAAUUGACUCCGUUGCAGCAAAGUAUCUACGAUGAUAAUUUAAAUCAGGGAAAAAGAACAAGAGUAGAGAGGGAAAGAAGAAAAAAGUUAGUUGGAAAGGAAGCCGAAAAGGCAAGAAAAGUUCACAUUCCAACUACAUCAAACGUUAUGAUGGCGUUGAGAAAGGCGGCCUUACAUCCCUUAUUAUUCAGAACAAAAUACGAAGAAAAGACAUUGGAGAAAAUGGCCACAGCGAUAAUGAACGAACCUGAGUACGUCGAGGCCAACAGAACCUACAUAUUAGAAGAUAUGAGAGUUAUGUCAGAUUAUGAAUUACAUAACUUAAGUCAAAAAUUCCCAAAAACCAUGUCAAAGUAUUUGCUUAAGGAUGAAGACUUUUUGAAUAGUGGAAAGGUUAAACAAUUAGUAGAAUUGGUACUGCAAAUCAUAGAUAAGAAAGAAAAAGUAUUAAUUUUCUCACUUUUUACACAGGCUCUAGAUAUCUUGGAAAGAGUCUUAUCAAUAUCCAAUAUAAAGUUCCUUAGGCUUGACGGACUGACCUCUGUUGAUACAAGGCAGGAUCUUAUUGAUAAGUUCUACGAUGAUUCGACGAUUCCGGUAUUCCUUCUUUCCACCAAAGCUGGUGGCUUUGGUAUUAACCUCGUUGCAGCAAGCAAUGUUAUAAUAUUCGACCAGUCAUUUAAUCCCCAUGAUGAUAAGCAGGCAGAGGAUAGAGCUCAUCGUGUUGGCCAGACAAAGGAAGUUAUGGUGCACAAGCUCAUCGCAGAGAACACUAUCGAAGAAAAUAUGCUUCAACUUGCAGAGAAUAAGUUACAAUUAGAUCACUCUAUAAGCGGAAAUGAUUUGAGCGACUCUAAGUUAGAGGAAAAGGCUACUUCUUUGUUUGAAAAGAUUUUAUUUGCUGAUAGUUAG